AUGAAGAGCCCGAACUUCUCUGCGUCCACUAGCUUGUUCAGAAAGCCGCUGUUCGGGCCCUCUUACGACAUCAACAAAGUCCAUGGGUUCAACAAGUUUAUACUUUAUGAGAACCGUCUCCGUUUCUACAUUGUCGCAUCCAACACCUCCGACUCAUGCCACCGCAUCGUCAAGGUUGACCGCACUUCCCAGGAUGAGCUCCUCGUCGUGGAGGAUGAAGCUGCAUAUACGGGGAAGCAAAUGACUGCCAUGUUGAAGAUGCUGGAGGACGGUAACAAGGGUUCGGGAGGUUUGGGGAAGCCAAAGGUAUUCUUUGGUAUCGUUGGCUUCAUUAAAUUCACCGCCGGAUGGUAUAUGGUGGUCAUUACAAAGCGUUCUGUUGUAGCACUUCUCGGUGGCCAUUAUCUAUAUCACUGCGAGAACACAGAAAUCAUCCCAAUACCAUCCGUGCACCGAAUAGACAAGCCCGGAGAGGAGCAGAGAUUGAUGAGUAUAUUCAAGCAAGUCGACAUGUCAAAGAACUUCUACUUCAGCUAUACCUACGACAUCACUUCCACCCUCCAAGCCAAUUUAACGUCAAGCAAUGUAUCCCUCGAAGGCUCAUGGCCCUUUAACGAUCGUUAUGUCUGGAACUACCGCAUGUUCGCCGCUGCGUUUGAGAGUCAGCAAGCUUCACCAUCUAAGAUACACUGGGUUCUGCCUCUGAUACAUGGACAUGUUGACCAAGCGAAAUUGUCGGUCCUUGGUCGCGUCGUCUAUGUGACCCUCAUCGCACGUAGAUCCCGACAUUAUGCUGGCGCACGGUACCUAAAGCGAGGAGUGAAUGACGAGGGAAAUGUAGCCAACGAAGUUGAAACGGAGCAGAUCGUCUCUGAGGCGUUGACUACUCCGUUCUACUACCCUGCCACACGAUUUCAGUCGCAGAAACCAGACAACCGCAGGCUGAACCCACACUACACCAGUUACGUCCAGUAUAGAGGUAGUAUUCCUAUCUACUGGGUCCAGGAGCAGAAUAGCAUGAUUCCGAAGCCUCCCAUCGAAAUCAGCGUCGUCGACCCUUUCUUCACCGCCGCAGCUAAACACUUCGACGAUCUCUUCAAACGUUAUGGAGCACCAAUCAUGAUCCUCAAUCUUAUCAAGUGCCGGGAACCUCAACCGCGCGAGUCUAAACUACUGGACGAGUACACCCGCUGUGUUGACUAUUUGAACCAAUUUUUGCCGGCGGGUAAAAAGAUGGAGUACAGACCAUGGGAUAUGUCUCGUGCCUACAAAGAGAAAAGUCAGGAUGUGAUCGGCUAUCUCGAAGAUCUCGCCGAAGAAUCAAUCCAGAUGUCAGGCUUCUUCCACUCAGGUUCUGAGCCCUAUUCGCAUUACCUUCGUAGUGCGGACGGCAUGCUUCUUCAGAAUGGGAUCUGUCGGACCAAUUGCGUCGAUUGUUUGGACCGCACGAAUGCAGCUCAGUUCGUUUUCGGAAAGCGCGCGUUAGGACAUCAGUUAUAUGUCCUUGGCAUCGUCGACAGUCCCAACCUAGCCUUCGAUUCAGAUUCAGUGAAUAUGUUGACCGAGAUGUAUCACGACCACGGCGACAUUCUUGCUUUACAGUAUACUGGCAGUGCUCUCGUCAAUCGUGUGGAGACCUAUCGCCGUAUUCCGCACUGGAACAGUCACUCACGCGACAUCAUCGAAAAUUUCCGGCGCUUUUACACCAACUCUCUCCUUGAUGCCGACAAACAAGCCGCCAUUAACCUGUUCCUCGGCAUUCAGCCUGACGCCGUCACCGUCCGCAAGGUCAAACGCUCUGGCUAUCAAGAAUGGUAUGACCCUAGACAUCUCGAAGCGGGAUACGCACUCGAGGCUUGCGAGGCAGGGAUCAACCAGUUCGUCGAGAUGUCACGAGAGUUUUGGGUAGAGUAUUAUAGGCCCCUAUUAUUCACUUCUUUGGGAAAGCAUUUUGCGUAUUCCAUGAACAGUACAUUGAAGCUUCCGGGGUGA